AUGGCGAGAUCGCUCGAGGAACGACAGCCUCGUCUAAUCGUCGAGAGAUUCAACCGCAGCGAGCUUUCAGACGCACCUCCGCCCUGGCGAGUGGGUGCAUCAGCUUCUCGAGAUGAAAGAGUGUGCUGGUGCAGCACAUCAGCGCUUUCCGCAGGCGUGCUCGCGCAGAUGAAGUCGAGUGUCAGCGUCUUAACCCUACCCGAUGCCUUCAAGCUGCUGUACAUCAGCAGAGGACUUUGUACAGACUCGAUGGACAAGCACAUCCGUCGACUGAGCUGGCACGCCUUGUCUAACGCCAACAUGAUCGCCUCCGCCGUCCGUCUCUCUGCCGCCCUCGGCCGCCAGCCCGCCCUCGCAGUUGGCACCACCACCAAGACCGCUGGUCUGCGCACCUCGGCCGCCUCCGCCGUCAUGGCCUCCACCACCCUCCGCCGCCAGGACGGCCGUCUGUGCUCCAAGAACAGAAUGCAAGUCAUUCUUGACGCUUCUGCCCCGGCACCGGCUGCCAAGGAGCCUAACUGGGCCAACGUCUCCGCUCGCAUUCGCGACGCCAAGGACCUCGCCGGCUGCUAA